AUGUUUGUCCGGAGUACUCCGCGGUGCGCGUCACAGGUGAGGGCUGCCGUCGUGAGGGCGAGGCCUUCGUAUGCGAGCCCACAGACACGCGCCUACUCGACGCCUGCGGCUGCGGCACCGGUGUCCAGCAGCCCGUUCGGGGGACCGCUUGUUUCGUUCAUGAACAAGCUGGACGAGCUUGCGCCGAGCUUCGACAUCAAUGGCUCGCAGAUCGAGAUCAUUCGGGAGCCUGCUGACUUCUACGAGACGCUCAAGGGAAGGAUACGAAAUGCGAAGAACCGGAUAUUCCUGUCGACGUUAUACAUUGGCAAGACAGAGAGAGAGCUGAUCGCAACGAUACAAGAGGCACUGCGCAAGAACCCCGAACUCAAGCUGCACAUCCUCACCGAUGCCCUCCGUGGUACGCGCGAGGCCCCCAAACAGUCAUGCGCCUCGCUUCUGGCUCCCCUUGUCACCGAGUUCGGUCCUGACAGGGUCGAGAUCCGAAUGUACCAUACUCCCAACCUGACGGGCUGGCGAAAGAAGCUCAUGCCUCGGCGGAUCAACGAGGGUUGGGGACUUCAGCACAUGAAGCUAUACGGUGUCGAUGACGAGAUUAUAUUGUCUGGAGCCAAUUUGUCGAACGACUACUUCACGAACCGCCAGGACCGAUACCACCUGUUCUCCUCCAAAGCCGUUACUGAUUACUUUUACGACAUACACCGUACCGUGUCAUCCUUCAGCUUUCUUGUCGAGCCCACGAGGGAACGAGCUGGGUUCGAAUUGGCGUGGCCAGUCACCAAUGCGGCGCCAUCCCCCCUGGACAGCCCGGAGAAGUUUAUCGAGACAACAUCAUCCACGCUUGCCCGCCUUAUAUCGCCUAAGAAAACACCAAGCCAUGACGAGAGCAAGGACACGCGAGUAUACAUGACGGCGCAAAUGGCACAACUUCUCCAGCCAGGGGCGUCGACAGACCAACCGGUUAUCAGGUCCCUUUUGAACUUUAUGCGCCAAGAGAAGACAACGUGGACGUUCACAGCCGGCUACUUCAACCCGAGCCGGUCACUUCAGGCCGCCCUCAUUGCGGCCCAUAGCUCCGAAGGGCAAAACGUCGUCAUCACCGCCGCACCGGAGGCCAACGGCUUCUUCAAUGCCCCUGGCGUCGCUGGUCUCUUGCCAGGCGCAUACACGUACUACCUGCGCCAGUUUGCGCACGCUGUGCACUCCGCUGGCACGGAAGACUCGAUCAAGCUCAAGGAGUGGCGGCGCGGCGUCGUCGGCACGCCUGGCGGAUGGAGUUACCACGCCAAGGGCAUCUGGGUGACGCUGCCUGGGGAAGAGACACCUUGCGUCACAUCGAUCGGCAGCUCCAAUUAUACGAACCGCAGCUACACACAUGACCUCGAGGCGGGCGCUUUGGUUGUCACAAUAGAUCAGGACCUGAAGAGGAGGCUUGGUGAGGAGCAGGCCUGGCUGCAGGAGUAUGCGAGCUUUACGACGAGGGAAGACUUUGAGACAGAGGAGAGGCAGGUUGGGUGGAAGGUCAAGGCCGCGAUGCGGAUUGUGAGACUUCUUGGCGGUGCUCUGUAG